AUAUUAAAAUUUUUUACAACUCUUUAGGGUCAUUUGUAAUCUUUGUUGAUCAAUUAAGUAUUACUGUGAUGUCUCUUUAGCGAUAAGAUAUAUAUGAAUAUAUUAUGUAAUGUUUAUGAUUGACAUAUUGGGAGGUGGAAUAUAAGUAUAUGUCUUCUAGGUGCAUAUUUGUUCAGUAAACAAGUGAUAGUUAUGUGUGAAUUUUAGUACUGCUCAGUACUACUGUUUGUAAUUUGGAAGAUAAAUGUUAAUCCAUUGUAAUGGUGAAUAAGUGCAUCUGCUGGGCAGUUGGGAGAUAAUCCAGUGUAUUGACUUCAUUGUGACAUGUUUCCUGAUCAGUGUCUGAGAAAUUGAAGGAGGAUGUAGUUUCUAGGAUGUAAUGGCCAUGUUGACGACAGCUGUGACUAGUUAGAGGACUGAUGUAGAGGAAGUGGUCACUAUGAUGUAAUGAAAAGUGGGCAGGUAGAUCGACAGCCUGAGGUCAGUGUACAGCAGAUCACAGGCCAAUCAGCUAUUGGCUGUCAGGUACCCAGGAAGUGACCAGCCAAUAUUUUUUGAAGUUAAGAUAGAUUCUUGCACCUACAUAAUCCUCAGGCUAUGUCAUGUUUCUACCUUGGGUUUAUAUUUUUUUUUUCCUCAGUCAAGAUCAUGUGAUUAUACAUGGAAUUCAUUUAAAGCAUGUGUACAGUACUUUUGGUUAGUAUUACUGGUUGUGAUCUCCUGUUAUGGAAGAGAGACUCCAGCUUUAAAAAGAAGUGAUUUUUUCCCUAGCUUCUCUGUCCACAAUUGUAUGGUGGAUUAUAACAGUUUACAGAUUUCUUAUGUCACAGAGUUCUUAUACUUACCCAAGAGAUAUUAGUGGUGGCAUUGUUGUCUGUCAGAGACAUUACAUCAUUUUUAUUGGCUGUUACCUGUUACUGACCAUAGAACAGGAAUUUUACAGAUAUUGAUGUAAUAGAUUUAUUUCUUACUUUUUUGGAAAAGGAUUAUGAAGAAUUAACGGGAACUGUUACUUAAGACUGCAGUUGGCUUUUGUAAUACAUCACAGAUUUAGCUCAAUGAUUUGCAGAGGUCCAAUUAUUCAAAAAGGAAAAGGAGGUGAUUCUUCAUGAAAAAGUAAAACUUUUUAGUGGAAUUGAUUCAUAAAGUUUGCAUUCUUGAAGUCUGCUUACUGGUGUUAUUAGUGAAUGGCUUCAUAUGGUAAUAACCCAUGCUUUGAUAGUAACAAACUUGGACGUGAAAGUCCAGGUAGCUAUAACCAAUAUUUUUGUGAUCCAAAUAAAUCCUCUGAAUCUCGACUCCCUAAAUUAAAUCUGGAGGGAGGCUACGGAAAGCUAGGCAUGGAGCCUAACUUUGGUGAUUCGUAUAUGGUAGAUGGACUUGGUGGUAGUGGUUAUUUGCCAUCAGGAGGAAUACCUCAAGGACACUGCUCUUCAACAGGCCCCUCCAUGGUAGGGGGACCCUCCAUGAGUCAUGGUUACAUGGGACAAAAUACAGGAUUACAUACAAACAAUUAUCAGUCAGGACCUAUGUCAUCCAGUUAUCUAAAUCCUUACAUGCAGUUUCAAGGCUUAGCAGCUGCAGCAGCAUCAGCAUCUUCACCAACUCUAGCCCGUGCUCUAGCAGCAGUGCAGCAGACACAGAAGCGACCACGCAGUGAGAAAAAACCCAUUCCUAAUGAACAGAAGGAUGGCAAGUACUUUGAACGCCGAAAGAGAAAUAAUUUGGCUGCUAAGAAGUCGAGGGAUGCCCGUAAAGCAAGAGAAGAUGAAAUUGCUAUUCGUGCCAGUUUUCUGGAAAAAGAAAAUGCCAUCUUACGAGCCCAAGUAGGGACUUUGAGGGAAGAGGCAAACUCUUUAAAACAACUCCUCCUACAAAAGAGGGCAAGGCCAUGAUCUUUGAGAAAAAUCCAACAUGUCCAGCCGGUGUUUAAUUUUUCUAUAUACUUUUUUUGUUAUUUAAAUUUAUUUUGCAAUAAAGUUUAAUUAUUGUAACACUAGAAUUUUUUAAACAACAUUGCAAUUUCAAUCAUCUUUGAAAAACUUUUUUUUUCAAAGCCGGUGUCAGUUGUUAAAAGUUAUAUAAAUGUGUGGUACAUGUGUGAUUAUUUUUAGAGUAUCCAUGUAUAAUUUUUAUAAUGAAGACUUAAGGACAUAUGCAACAUACCUUACCUACUUAAAAUUUUUCAAGAUAAUCUUAAUUUAAGAUCAUAGUGUCAUCAGAUGUUCAUAGACAAAAAAUCAGCAUGCACUACCAGGGGUUUUGAAAGAUAUCAUUUGAUGAAUAUUCUUGGGUAAUUCAAAGAAAAAUAUAUAAAAAAUACUUAACAUAUAUUCUAGAUGUUUCUUUUAUCCAAAAUUGUUUUAGAAGAAGUGUUAAAUGUACACCAUAUAUAGACAUUAAAAUGUAGAACACAGUUCCUACAAGAAUUGGAACUCGUCAUUUCCAUAGAAAAAGACAAAGUUCAAACUAUGUUACAUAUGUCCUUAAGGAGCUCAUUUAUUUGUUUGUAUUGCCUCUACCUUUUAUGGAAAAAAACAUUGUGCAUGUAUGUUUUACAAGCACACACUUACAUUUUACUUAUACAGUGUAAUAUACAAAUAUGUAUUUCAUAAAAAUAUAUCGUAAUUUUUAGUCACUCAUGUAUUGAGAUGUUUAAAACACACAUACCCUUAAGAUUUACAUGCACAUACAUGUAUAUAUGAUCACACUAUUGAUGCAUUACAUAUUGAUCAGAAAUUGAGAUGAGGAGUCAAGUCUUUCAAGUUAUGAGAAAGGAGAAUAAAAUCAAAUUUAUGUGCAUGUAUAAACAUGUUCCUAUAAAUAAAUACACAAGUACCUAUGAAAUAAUGUAAUCACUUAACAGAUGAAAUGAUCUGAAACAUUUUGAAAGAUAUAGAAUUUGUUAUUGUGCAAUGAUCAUCCGGUGAAAACUGUUGUUUUGAAAUACUCUACAAAUUACAUGUAUUGAUAAUUUGUAAUCCAUUGAAGACAAAGUAUUCUUAUCAUUAAACCAGUUUUUCUUCUUGUAAAGAUUUGAUUACCGUAUGUUACAUUUUUAUUUCUUUGUUCUGCAGCCUUCUUUUUAUUGACCUAGCUCUUUUGAACUAGUCAGUUUGUUAUGUACUCAUAAGCAUACACUCUAAUAUAAAUGGUAAAAUGAAAUGUUGGGAGACGGUUUAAAUUUUGUUUAGAUAUAUGUAUAUAAUUAUAUACAUAGUUAUAUCCUAAUAGUGCUUAUAGUUUCAGUGCUGGAACUUGAUAAACGUUUGGUAUGUUUAGAAAUUUAUAUAAAAGGAAAAAUUUGAAAGAAUUUCUCCCUCAAUAAUAUAUGUCUAGACUGAUUUAAUUUUCUGAUUCAAUUUGAUCAGUAAAACUUUUUUUCCAACUCCAACAUUCUUUUUACAAUGAUCUCCAUAAAUGGCAGCAGAUUUGAUACAUUAAACUAAUACAUAUCAAAUUUUACAAUCUACAUUUAAUUGCUUACGUUACUGAGAAGGUGCUUUUUAUGUUUUCUUUGGAUUUUGGCAUUAUGCACAAAUGAUCAACAUUUUUCAUUGAAAUGAAUUUUCAUUCUGGCAAAUUUUCAUUCUGGCAUUCCUUUUUUUUUUUUUUUUUUUUUUUUAUACAUAUUUCUGUAGUUUUAGUAGAGUGAAAAAUCAGGAAUGUGAAAAGAAGCUAAGAUUUUAGAUGUACAUGUUUGUAAUGAUUUUUUUUCUUAAAAAUUAUGUUCUUUUUUGUUUUACUAGCCGAGUUUUUAGAUGUAGAUGCUGAUAAGAACCUUGAAUAUUGAUCAUGUUACAUUAUACCUACUAGGUUAUCUCAGGGAAAUAAUAUAUAACUUAGGGUUGUCAAUUUGUUCAAUUUUAGUAACCAGUUACUUGCUUGCAUUCUGGUUGAAUGCUUGAGUACAUGGUCAUCAAGUAAGAAAGAUAAUCAUAUUCUAAUCCUAUCUUUAUAUACUGUUUGUUCAUUUGAUAGACCAUAAUUUCAGGACCUAAAUGUAAAUACAGUCAUGUAUGAUAAAUGUUCAGAUUUGAUUUAAUGAAAGACACUAUUUUUUAAAUUUCAGUGUUCAUAUUCUUGACCAUUUGCAAAAGCAUAUAAACCAUAAUACUAGUAACUCUGUCAAAUAGGAACCAGAAUACAUGUAUAACAUUAUUUUGCUGUGUGGAGAAAUUUAAAAUUAUAAUAAUUAUUGUUUUACUGGUAUUAUUUUGAUAUAACUAUGAUUGAUAUGAUAUACUGUUUGUCCCACCUAGUAAGUAAAUUCAGUCUCACAUACAAGAAAUGGACAUUUUGUACAUUUAGAAUCUCCUGUUUAUUUAGAAUAUUCCCAGAUUCGCUACUAAAUGAAUGAAAGAGACCAUGCUAUAUUUUAUUGAAUUUAUUUGCACUUUGAUUUCCAGUUAGGAGACAUAUUCCUUGCUGUAAAAUGGGCAGUCACUGACUAAGGUGCUAAUUGUCAAAACUUAGUUGGCCUUAUAGCCACGCAAGGCAAUUGUGAUAACCAUAUAAUGAUCUUUGAAAGUAAAACAUGCUUCAAAAAAUUCAAGAAAUAUUGCAUGGUUUUAUUAUUUUUCAAGUACUCAAAUACUGAUUUUAGCAUUCAGUGCUUAGGCCUUUUGAUGAGCACUUGACUAACUGAUUUCUUGAUGACAACCAAUGAUAAUAUACAACUUAAUAUUUUUAUCUGAAAUAAAACAUUUUCUUUAUCAGUAUGAGUGAUUCUAAUAUACUGAAUUGGCCUCUGCAGUGUUAAUUUGGUUAUGUCUUAUGAUGCUGAAGUUACAGUAACUAAUGGUUGUCAGUAAGUUUGCAUCAAGGAUGGUGUAUUUGAUUCUCAGAGGAGCCAUAGUCACUGAUAUAUAUAUUUUUUAUUACGAGGGUCGUUCAAUAAAUAAUGCAACAUGUCUUCAAUAAAUAUGAAAAAGUACAUAAUACAUAUUAUACUUCUGUUAAAAUGUUUCCCAUAUAAAGUUCAGAAGGUAAAAUAGCUAUCUUUUAUGGUUCACGCAUAGCAAAGCUAUACCCCGGGGUAUAGUUUUUGCUAUCCACCCUCGGAAAAUUUUCAUGCCAUUUUUGCCUCCAAUUUUGAUUACCAGCGUUAAAUCUAUCGACUGGUGAUGUCAUAAUGACUUCAGUAGCAUUGUGACGUCAUCAGAAUUUCAAAUUAUUCUUGCAGUAUUAUCGUAC